GGCUGGCGGGGGAACGGGCUCUCGCACGCCGCGAGCAUGUGGUUACCCACGGAGCACGAGAAGUACGGCGUGGUAAUUGCUGGUUUUCGAGGGACAGUCCCACAUGGCCUAUCAUUGGAGAUUGGAGACACCGUUCAAAUAUUAGAGAAAUGCGAUGGAUGGUACAGAGGAUUUGCCUUAAAAAACCCCAAUCUUAAGGGCAUAUUUCCAUCUAACUACAUUCACUUGAAGAAUGCAUGCGUUAAGAACAAAGGACAAUUUGAAAUGGUUAUUCCAACAGAAGAUUCUGUUAUUACAGAAAUGACAUCAACUCUAAGAGACUGGGGAACAAUGUGGAAACAACUCUAUGUGAGGAAUGAAGGGGAUCUCUUUCACCGGCUGUGGCACAUAAUGAAUGAAAUCCUGGACCUGCGAAGGCAGGUCCUUGUUGGCCAUCUCACCCACGAUCGAAUGAAGGAUGUCAAGCGACACAUCACUGCUCGUCUGGACUGGGGCAACGAACAACUGGGACUUGACUUAGUUCCAAGAAAAGAAUAUGCUAUGGUAGAUCCUGAAGAGAUCAGCAUUACAGAGCUCUACAGGCUGAUGGAACAUCGCCAUCGAAAAAAAGACACACCAGUACCAGCUAGCAGCCACCAUCUUUUUGUUCAGAUGAAAAGCUUAAUGUGCUCCAAUCUGGGAGAGGAACUGGAAGUGAUCUUUUCACUCUUUGAUAGUAAAGAAAAUCGACCCAUCAGUGAAAGAUUUUUUUUAAGACUGAAUAGAAAUGGUUUGCCAAAAUGUCCAGAAAAGCCUGAAAGACACUGUUCUCUCUUUGUGGAUUUGGGUAGCAGUGAACUCAGGAAGGACAUCUAUAUCACUGUGCACAUUAUUCGAAUAGGACGAAUGGGAGCUGGAGAAAAGAAAAAUGCCUGCAAUGUACAAUAUAGACGGCCUUUUGGCUGUGCAGUCCUCAGUAUUGCAGAUUUGCUGGCAGGAGAUUCAAAGGAUGACCUUGUCUUAAAAGUCUACAUGUGCAACACAGAGAGUGACUGGUAUCAGAUCCAUGAAAAUAUCAUUAAAAAGCUGAAUGCACGUUACAACUUGACAGGCUCCAAUGCAGGUUUGGCAGUUUCUCUUCAGUUGCUUCAUGGAGACAUAGAACAAAUUAGGAGGGAGUAUACAUCUAGAUUUACACAUGGAGUAUCCAUAACAAGGAAACUAGGUUUUUCCAAUAUUAUAAUGCCUGGUGAAAUGAGGAAUGAUUUAUAUAUCACUGUAGAAAGAGGAGAAUUUGAGAAAGGAGGGAAAAGUGUGGCCAGAAAUGUGGAAGUGACAAUGCAUGUGGUGGACAGCAGUGGUCAAAUUUUAAAGGAUUUUAUCUCAUUUGGCUCCGGAGAGCCACCAGCCAGCGAGUACCAUUCUUUUGUGCUUUAUCAUAACAAUGGCCCCAGAUGGGCUGAGUUGCUGAAACUUCCUAUUCCUGUGGAUAAGUUCAGAGGAGCUCACAUCCGCUGUGAAUUCCGGCACUGUUCCACAAAAGAAAAGGGUGAGAAGAAGUUGUUUGGCUUUUCUUUCGUGCCCCUGAUGCAGGAAAAUGGGAGGACUCUGCCAGAUGGCACCCAUGAGCUAAUUGUACACAAGUGUGAAGAAAAUGCAAACCUUCAGGAUUCUGGUCGCUACCUCAAACUCCCCUUUUCAAAGGGAAUAUCCCUAGGAAAUAACAGCCAAGCAGUAAAAACCACUAAAGAGUCCUUCUGGAUUACAUCCUUUCUCUGCUCCACCAAACUCACACAAAAUGGAGAUAUGCUUGACCUUCUGAAGUGGAGAACCCACCCAGACAAAAUUGCAGGUUGCCUCUCAAAAUUAAAAGAAAUUGAUGGUUCAGAAAUAGUGAAGUUUCUUCAAGAUACACUAGACACUUUAUUUGGGAUUUUAGAUGAAAAUUCUCAAAAAUAUGGAUCAAAAGUAUUUGAUUGCUUGGUUCACAUAAUAAAUUUGCUGCAGGACAGCAAGUUUCACCACUUUAAACCAGUAAUGGACACUUACAUUGAAAGUCAUUUUGCAGGAGCACUUGCAUACAGAGAUCUUAUAAAAGUACUGAAAUGGCAUAUUGAUCGAGUCACUGAGGUGGAGCUUCAUGAUCACAUACAGGAAGUACUAAAGGCACAGGAAUAUAUCUUUAAAUACAUAGUUCAAUCUCGAAGAUUAUUCUCUAUUGCUACCGGUGGACAAAAUGAGGAGGAAUUUCGCUGCUGUAUUCAGGAGCUCCUUAUGUCAGUACGCUUUUUCCUGUCUCAAGAGAGCAAAGGAACUAGUGCUUUAUCCCAGCUACAAGCUGUGUUUCUCAGCUCAUUCCCAUCAGUGUACUCAGAACUUCUGAAGCUCUUUGAUGUGAGAGAAGUGGCAAAUUUGGUUCACGAUGCUUUGGGCAGCUUGCCAACAAUCAUGCAUGGGGAUGAGUCCCUUCAAGCUGUUAAGCUGCAGAGUAUUGGGAAAACUGUGGAGAGUCACCUGUACACUAACCCAGAUUCGCGAUGCAUUCUUCUUCCAGUAGUUUUACAUCAUCUCCACACGCAUUUACAAGAGCAGAAGGACCUUAUAAUGUGUGCCCGUAUCCUUAGCAACAUAUUUUGUCUCAUCAAGAAGAACAGCUCAGAAAAAUCAGUCCUGGAAGAAAUUGAUGUGAUUGUAAACAGUCUGCUAGAUGUUCUAUUAAGGACCAUACUAGAGAUCACCAGCCGACCACAGCCAUCGGGCUCUGCUAUGCGCCUCCAGUUUCAAGACGUGACUGGGGAAUUUGUCUCCUGUUUACUGUCACUCUUGCGACAAAUGACUGAUAGACAUUAUCAACAGCUUCUUGAUAGCUUCAACACAAAGGAAGAUCUGAGGGAUUUCCUGCUACAGAUUUUCACAGUAUUUCGGAUACUAAUACGACCAGAGAUGUUCCCAAAAGACUGGACAGUGAUGCGUUUGGUUGCAAACAAUGUGAUCAUUACUACAGUCUUGUACCUUUCUGAUGCCCUUCGUAAAAACUUCUUAAAUGAAAACUUUGAUUACAAGAUAUGGGAUUCCUACUUUUUUCUUGCUGUCAUUUUUAUAAACCAGUUAUGUCUGCAACUGGAGAUGUUCACACCUUCCAAGAAGAAAAAGGUUUUAGAAAAAUAUGGUGACAUGCGGGUGACAAUGGGAUGUGAAAUCUUCAGCAUGUGGCAAAAUUUAGGGGAACACAAGCUUCACUUUAUUCCAGCAUUGAUUGGCCCUUUCCUGGAAGUGACCUUGAUCCCUCAGCCAGACCUGAGGAAUGUAAUGAUUCCUAUUUUCCAUGACAUGAUGGAUUGGGAGCAAAGACGAAGUGGCAACUUUAAACAGGUGGAAGCAAAGCUGAUUGACAAAUUGGACAGCCUAAUGUCAGAAGGUAAAGGUGAUGAAACAUACCGAGAGCUCUUCAACAGUAUAAUUCCACUUUUUGGUCCUUAUCCUAGUCUGCUGAAGAAAAUUGAGCGGGAAACAUGGAGGGAAAGUGGUGUUUCAUUAAUUGCCACUGUGACUCGCCUCAUGGAGAGGCUCCUGGACUACAGGGAUUGCAUGAAAAUGGGAGAAGUGGAUGGCAAAAAGAUUGGCUGCACUGUUAGCCUUUUGAAUUUUUACAAGACUGAACUGAACAAGGAAGAGAUGUAUAUUCGCUAUAUUCAUAAGCUCUAUGACCUACAUCUGAAAGCACAAAACUUCACAGAAGCUGCCUACACACUCCUGCUGUACGACGAGCUGCUGGAGUGGUCUGAUCGGCCGCUCAGGGAAUUUCUCAACUACCCCAUGCAAACAGAGUGGCAGCGUAAGGAGUGUCUCCAUCUGACCAUCAUUCAAAAUUUUGAUAGGGGAAAGUGUUGGGAAAAUGGCAUUAUCUUAUGCAGGAAAAUUGCAGAACAAUAUGAGAGCUACUAUGACUACAGAAACCUCAGCAAGAUGAGGAUGAUGGAAGCAUCUCUGUAUGACAAAAUUAUGGAUCAACAGCGCUUGGAGCCAGAAUUUUUCAGAGUUGGUUUCUAUGGGAAAAAGUUCCCAUUCUUCUUGAGGAAUAAGGAAUUUGUUUGCCGAGGACAUGACUAUGAAAGGCUGGAGGCCUUCCAGCAGCGAAUGUUGAAUGAGUUCCCACAUGCCAUUGCUAUGCAACAUGCUAAUCAGCCAGAUGAGACCAUCUUUCAGGCAGAAGCACAGUAUUUGCAGAUUUAUGCAGUGACACCAAUUCCAGAAAACCAGGAAGUUUUGCAGAGAGAUGGCAUUCCUGAUAAUAUCAAGAGCUUUUACAAAGUAAAUCACAUCUGGCGAUUCCGGUAUGACAGACCAUUUCACAAAGGGACCAAGGACAAGGAAAAUGAAUUCAAGAGUCUAUGGGUAGAGAGAACCACACUGAUCUUGGUGCAGAGUUUGCCUGGAAUAUCUCGUUGGUUUGAAGUAGAAAAACGUGAAGUGGUGGAAAUGAGUCCCCUUGAGAAUGCUAUUGAAGUUUUAGAAAAUAAGAACCAGCAGUUAAGAACACUGAUUAGUCAGUGUCAAACGCGACAGAUGCAGAACAUUAACCCUCUCACAAUGUGUCUAAAUGGGGUCAUUGAUGCAGCAGUUAAUGGUGGAGUUGCUAGAUACCAAGAGGCAUUCUUUGUCAAAGAAUAUAUCUUGAACCAUCCAGAAGACGGAGAGAAGAUCACACGCUUAAGAGAACUUACGCUCGAGCAGGCCCAGAUUCUAGAAUUUGGCUUGGCAGUGCACGAGAAGGUGGUGCCACAGGACAUGAGGCCAUUGCACAAAAAACUAGUGGAUCAGUUCUUUGUGAUGAAGUCAAGCUUGGGAAUACAGGAAUUUUCUGCCUGUGUACAAGCUAGCCCUAUUCAUUUCCCAAAUGGAAGUCCUCGUGUAUGCCGGAAUUCCAUACCUGUUUCUAUGAGCCCUGAUGCUGCCAGGGUAAUACCACGACGCAGCCCCUUGAGUUACCCAGCUGUCAAUCGGUAUUCUUCCUCAUCACUGUCAUCCCAAGCUUCUGCUGAAGUCAGCAACAUCACUGGGCAGUCAGAAAGCUCAGAUGAAGUUUUUAACAUGCAGCCUAGUCCAUCUACCUCAAGCUUGAGUUCUACUCAUUCUGCUUCACCUAAUGUGACCAGUUCUGCUCCAUCCAGUGCCAGAGCUUCUCCUCUGUUGUCUGACAAGCAUAAGCAUUCCCGAGAAAACUCUUGCCUGUCUCCCAGAGAGAGGCCCUGCAGUGCCAUCUACCCUACUCCUUUGGAAACUUCUCAGAGAAUGCUGUUUAAUCAUAUUGGAGAUGGUGCUUUGCCACGAAGUGAUUCCAAUCUGCCUGGCUCUGACAAAGCUGUAAACACCACCCCCAGCAGCUGGAGCUUGGACAGUGGGAAGGAAGCCAGAAACACAUCAGAAAGUGGAAAGCUUAUAUCUCCUCCUGUACCACCAAGACCUGCACAGACUGCAUCACCAGCAAGACACAUAGCCUCCAUUUCCCCUUCUCCUGCUGGAAGAUCGCCAAUGAAGGGGUCUGUGCAGUCAUUCACACCGUCUCCAGUGGAGUAUCAUUCCUCGGGGCUCAUAUCCAACUCCCCAGCACUGUCAGGGAGUUACAGCAGCGGCAUCUCUUCGCUCAGCCGAUGUAGCACAUCAGAAACAUCAGGCUUUGAAAGCCAAGGCAGCGAACCAGCAGUGACUGUCCCAAGCUACAGCAUUUCUGAGGAGCCUGUGAGAAAAGAAAGCAAAACCCCACCACCUUACAGCGUGUACGAGCGGACUUUGAAACGGCCCGUUCCUCUACCUCACAGCCUCUCCAUCCCGCCCGCUGCAGACCCCCCAGCACUGCCACCCAAGCCUCAGCUGGUUCGGCCAAACAACCUGGAAAACAGCAGCAGGAGGACUGAGCAGGUUCCCCGGCCCAGGCCUCUGCCCCGCAAAGUCUCUCAGCUAUGAGAAGCCACUUUUAUAUUUAAUUGCAACACAUUCUCUACUGUUUAAGAAAUAAUAUUUUUUAAAAAUGGUAAAACUCAUUUAGUUAGGCACUUUAAUAUUUUGUCCACCUUUUCUUUUGAGUAAUUUUGAAAUGCUUAUUAAUUUUAUGUUGCACAUUUGAAAUGAAAUUACUAAUUUAGGUUGCCAGAUAUUACAGGAAGCAUGAAUGAGAGGAUUCUUUUUUAAUUUCAUGGUGGUGAAUACUGAU